AUGUCUUCGACUCAAACACCAGGUGAGCCAGAUAUUAUCCGUACCUAUGUGACGCCUUCCUUAAGAGAAUACAAAGGGUUUUCAGUUCCCGAAGUGAGUCCGUCUACACCAAGUUCCAUAACAGAUAAGCCGCACGUCUUAAGUGGGACUGGCCAAAUAGAAGAUAUCAAUUAUGAGGCCAACACAACAAAUGUACCACGCAACAUAGUUUCUUUUCCAACUCGCCCUGAAGUAGAAAAUUAUAAAACGUAUGAAGAGUAUGAAACGGCUUGGAUAGAAUGGCAAACAAAAGCCGAGAGUUAUACCUCAUACAUGAAGCUUCCUCAUCUUUUGGGAUCCGAAAUAUACUUUCCAUCAAAUACAACAAACGCACUCCCAGACGAUCCGUGGGACACUUUACUCUUAACCCCGGAACCUAACCCAUCCAACUAUGACUCAUACGAAUCGUACAAGAGUGCAGUCCAAAAAUGGAUCAAAGAAGUGAAUAACAUCGGGUUUCUCCCGCCUCAUGCGUCUGAAAUUGAAAAUGCGCUGAUGAUCAAAAUGUCGACGGAGAAGAAGUCUGACGUCGCGCAGUUGAAUGAGAUCAUGGCGGCCACUUUUGACGGGUUUGAUAAGGACUUCCUCUUCUCGAAGAAGACGGACUGUUUCUGCAUCAAGAACUGCUCCAGCGCGCCACAGCGGAAGAAGUUCGAGUUGAGCAACAAAUACGAGAACGACUUGAAGUCUUCAUUUGCUCAAGGAAAGAUCGAGAAGGUGUUUAGUAUGAGUGAGAGUGUGAUGUAUGAGCCGCAGAAUGUGUUAAGUGUCGAUGGCGUUGGUCUUUCAUUAGAGUCUUUAAUGGUGGACCAAAAGGAAGAUAAGAAUUCUAAGACAGAGAUGACCUUUAGAAUCAACAAAUCGUCUGCGAUCUUCACUUCGAUCUUAGAGAAGACUUUAAGUAAUGAUGACCCAUCGAAGAGCUCAAGAAGAGACAUGAAUAUAGUGAACGCACAGAACAUCAUUAAAACGGAGAAACAGCCGUUCAACGCGUUAUAUAAAUUGUUGUUCACACCAAUGACGGUCAACGACUUUAAAGCCGUUUUAGAUGCUGUUGUGGACGGAAGGACUAUUAAACAAAUUAUGCUCGACUGCGUCUUCUCGCCCGCAGUCAAUUGGUUCUUCAAGUUUGCACUGCAGACGAUAUGCCCGGACACGUUGGCGAAGCUGUCGUACUUUGCAAAGGAGAUUCUGAACUUCCAUGGAAAGAACUUGAUCACACACUUUAUCAUUGGAUCGAAAGAUGUGAGUAUGAAUGAUAAGUUGGAGACGAUGUACGCUGCUGCGAAGGUAGUUGGUAAAGGAGAAUAUGAUGUCUUUGAGUAUAACACGACGAACAUUCAAGCACUGAGUGCUUUAGUGGAAGGCUCCACAUCGAAAGAAGUUGUGAAAGAAGUCAUCGAGACUAUUCACAUGAAUUACUACUUGAACAUCCUUUCAACAUCGGUCGCACCACUGAAAGACUUAGUGAAGAACGGUGUGAUGGACUUGACGAAGAAGGAGAAGGACGUCUUAGCCGUCUUUGAUUUCAUCCCAAAAGGAAUGGUGAAGGCUGAAUUGGCGCCGCUCUGUAUGUUCUGUGGGAUGCAAUUGAUAGGGUUUGCCGAUGUGCAAAGUGUGAAGUACAUUAGAGACGUGAUGGGGAAGUUUGAGUUGAUUGAAUUACUCCAACAAGUGGUGAAAGGAGAUUUCAAGUUCUCGAAUUACUGUGCACAGCUGAUUAUUAUGAAGAUCAUGACAACUAAGGAUUGUCGAUGCAAAUUACUGACUGAUUUGACGACACUCAAUGGGGUGAAGUCUGUGAAGAUGUUCUUGAACAACAACACGCCAGACACUUUAGUCAAAAUCCUUUGCGAUGUCAUUCGAUUUACUAUUAAAAAUUGUAUGAAGACGGAGAGUAACGACAAGUUCUGGAAAGGGUUUACUGGGGACUAUUUCUUCGAAAGUGUGUGUAUUGAAGUUUUUAAUGACUCCUUUGUGAACAACAAUGAAAUUUUGUUGUUUGAAAUAGUGAAUGUGAUGAAGACUUUACUUAAGAUGUGUUACGAAAAUAAUAAACUGGGAGAGAACUGCACUUCGGACUCUGAAAAGAUGGAGUCGGUCUCGAUCUCAUCAUCGACACUUGGAAAGAUGAUGGAGAGCAUUAAUAAGAUGAUGGUCAACAAUAAACAAAUUACAGAGAAGAAAGACACACUGGCAGGAAAAGUCUUUUGUUUGCUCAUCGACUGUUUGAGGUACAUCUACUCGGUCCACGAACACUGCACACUUCUUGAGAAAAAAGAUAAUAAGUUGUUGGUCUUACUUGUCGGCGUCAUGUCGAAUGUCUCGACACAGAAAGACAAAAUCUCUCCAAAGUUCCUGAGCGCUAUCACAAAAUUGCACUCAACAGUACUUGAAGUGUUUUCACAGAACCCAGCAGUGGCUCUUCAAGUCACUGGACAACCGACAGAUUCACAAGAAGACCCCGAAAAGCCUGUUAAAGAGAGAAAAGAGUUCGUUGACAAAUUGUUUACUGGCUUGCUGCGAAUGAAGACUAAACAAGGAGGAAAGCAAUGGAACUACCUCAGUUUCUUUGCGAAAGAAGCUUCACUUGAGCACGCUAAAGUCAUUUUGACAUUCUCGAAGAACUUGCUUGAGAUCGCUUUCUCGUCAAAAUGCCCGAUGAUCGCACUGGAAAUCAAGAAGUUGCUUGGUGAGACAAUGUUCAGUGAAACUACUGCGUUGAAUAUGUUGAUGCAACAGACUGGAAAUACUGAAAUUCGAGGGAGAGACUUGAUGUCUUACAAGAAAGGAUAUAACUGUAUCACUUUCCCGUGCGUGAUGGCAGUCGCACAUGUUAUCGCAUUGGCUCAGGUGAACAAGAAGUUAAUAAAGAAGGUGCCCGAGAGCAAGCCAACGAUGAUCGACAUCGUGAACGAGACAGGUAAGAAGGACAUCGACGGCAAAUCGCUCAUUUUGAGUAUCGAACAAACUACUAAGAUCAGAAAGGAGUUCACAACUGCAGAUGGCAAAGAUAUCUACAACUGUUUGUGA